CAAUAAGCAACGACCAUAUUUCACUGUGGAGAUAAUGUUCAAAUUUAAGAAGAAAGAACACGCUCCUCACUCUUCCUCUACUUGUGAAGGCCAAUAUAUCAUACAAUACGAAAAAGGACUCGUCAAUAAUAAACUGGUUUACGUCAACAUUGAAAAGUCUACUGUCUUGGCUGCUCACCCAUCAACAGGCUGGUGCAUAACACAUCUUAAUUAUUGGGAUGAAAUAAAGGACAAGCAAGGAUCAUUUGGGGGAUUCCAUUUCGGGGGAGGUGAGACACCAGCGGAUAACAUCUGGCAGGACUUCUCCGUGAUAGAACCGAAAGGAUUCAUAUUCGUUUCUAAACCGAGUACAAAUAACUAUGCAAAAUGUGACGGCGUCUAUGUCUAUGAAGAUAGAAUUGAUAAAAUAAACGGCCGAGACGUGUAUGUGAAUCGCACGAAUGGUAAAUUUCUAGCAGGACACCCUAACAGUGGUUGGUGUAUCACGGACCUUUGCUACUUGGAUGAAGUCCAGAGAACACAGGGAGCGUUCGGAGGGUUUCACUCAGUAAGUAGCUUUGAACCCGAAGACGGAAACUGGGCAUCUUAUGAAGUGAGUAAAUUUGGUCCAUUUGACGCCAAACACGAUACGAUCUACAAAAAGUCGUCUUGGGUGAAACAUGAAAACACAACCGUCUCAUUCAAAGCGGUGGCCAACUCAGGAGUGGUCAGAACUGAUGAAGACUUUCACGAGAUGCGCAAACGUUGCAUUUCUCUAAAUUGUGGAGGCUUUGCAUGGAGAAAACCCCACUACAAUCAAUAUGGUGAAGAAGAUGAUCCGCCAGUUUGUUUCUUUUACCGACGGAGUCAGAACGAAUUGCGCCUAUCCUUCGUUAGUUCCGAUAAGUACGACUUUUACAUAGCUCCAGAAAAAUUUUGCCCGGACUGCCGUUUUGUACCAUUCCGUGAUCCUGCACCCUCAUGCCACGUCAAUUGGCUUGCCGGUCGUCCUGUGCAUUCUUUUGCCUGCCAGAUAGUCGUCCCAUUCACCACUUCUUCGACGUAUUAUUGCGUGGGUGGAUUUCAUUGUGGUUACAGCGGGAUCCAACAACAUUGUGAUCAGAAGCAGCAAAUCCUCUUUUCCGUCUGGAACGAUUCGUGCGCCAGCAGCAAAGUUAAGAACUGUUGUGUGUAUCCUGGAAUAGUUGCCAAGCCAUUUGGUGGUGAAGGUAUGGGCAUGCAGGCGAUAGGCGUGAGCGGGGACACCUGUGGAUCAAGCGAUUGUUCGCUUGCUGCCUGGACCCCUGGCACGGCAUACACAUUCGUUAUCAGAGCUUACCCGUUAGCAGGUGGUACAGAGUUUGCCUGUUAUGUACACAAACCACAUUGUGGUUGGCAGCUGGUCGCUCGUCACGAACGUCCCGAAGCCCCGCGUUCUGCCAGAGGGAAACUUGAAGACUUAUACAGUUUCAUCGAAGACUUCUCCGGUAACUCUCUUCGACGAAGGGCAAACUUUGCCGCGUGGGUUCAACUUGAUCCUGGCGCUCAGUGGGAGCCAGUGAGACGCAUUAAAGGAACGUCUACAGCUGACAAGGAGGUUCCGAACAAGUCAGUGCGUCUUGUGACAGAAAAUUCCUACCAAAAGGUAGAACUAGUGAGCGGAGGUGAGGCCUUAGAACAUUUCAGCCUUUAUGAGGGAUAUUUGAGUAACCCUCUUCCUGUACCAGACAUUCUAAAAGAAUUGGGCAAGUAAAAUGUUUCCCAUUUCUUAUGCGAAAAGUAUCUCCUCUAAGACGAGUUUUAUAAAAUAUAAAGGCAAAUUUUUUCUUCCAAUCUAUUGUCGCCACAGGAUUUAGUCUCGUUAAUAGUUGGCAGUUUGUUUGAUGCUGCAGCUUGAUACUGUUUCUGGGACUGAUAUGGGCUAAAAAUACUUCCAUUAAAAUUAGUUAAUGACAAACACAGAUGCCAUCCAAAAGCAACAACGAUUCUGUCAUAGAAUGAAGUUGUUUCCAUUACGCUGCCACCAGUUUCUCUGCCUAUAAUGCAUGCUGUUUCUCGCCUAUAAACUCUGUAAGGAUGUCAUCUGAAUUACUGAAAAAAUUUAGAACCUAACUCGUACAGCCUAGCCAAGCUAUCCAGAAUACUUCGCCAGUCAAGGCGCGCAGCAGACUGAGCUGCUGUUGGGCGCGCAUCCGUGCACCACCAAUUUUGUGCACCAAUAGGCCCUGAA